AUGACGGAAACGAAAAGUGUCAAUGUAAGAGCUAUGCUCUUCGAUAUGGAUGGAACUUUACUUGAUUCCACUCCUGCUGUGAACGCAACUUGGGAAUACUUUGCUAAAGAGUAUGACUUGGAUCUGCAUGAGGUUCUAAGAACAUCCCACGGAGUAAGGACGAUAGAUAACAUGAAGAACUGGUGUGGGAUCACUGAUCCUGUAGAACUCAGAGACGCUGUGGAACUGUUUGAAGGGAUGAUUGUCAAAGAAGCUCAGGAAUUGCAGGCGGCAGGGAAAGAUGGAUUGAUAGCUUUACCGAAUGUUCUGGAUUUGUUGAAUCAUCUCAACACCUCCCCCAUCCCCGUAUGGGCCAUCGUAACCUCCGCUACAAACACCUACGCCUCCGCAGCUCUCCCGACGGCGGGUAUACCCACCACACCCAAGCUGAUCACCGCAGACGACGUUAGCAAUGGUAAACCUCAUCCUGAACCUUAUCUCACCGGUGCGAAGGCAUUAGAUGUGGAUAUAAAGGAUUGCAUCGUCGUGGAAGAUGCUCCCUCGGGAGUGAGAUCAGGUGUAGCUUCAGGAGCGAAGGUCUUGGCUACUUGUACGAGUCAUACGAGACAGCAAUUGGAGGGAUUAGGUGCGGAUUGGAUAGUAACGGAUUUGUCCAAGGUGUCAUUCGAAGUUAAAGAUGGUAGAGUGCAAGUGACGGUUGAUGAGAGCCCAUGA